CUGAACGUGGGUGGGAUCAGACACGAUGUUUGGUCGAAUGAUGGACAAGCUCCCAGAUGUGUUGGAGGAUGGAUGGAUGUUUAUUCAGUGUGUUUCUCAGGAGGCACAGCGUCCAGGCAGAAGGGCUUCCGGGGUUGUAUCCGCUCCCUGCAGCUGAACGGCGUCCCCCUGGACCUGGAGGAGCGGGCGGAGAUCACCCCCGGGGUCCGGCCCGGCUGCCCGGGUCACUGCAGCAGCUACGGCUCGCUCUGCCAGAACCAGGGCCGCUGUGUGGAGAGAGCCAGCGGCUUCCACUGCGACUGCGGCCUGUCGGCGCACACUGGAGCCUUCUGCCACACAGAGCUGAAAUCGAAGUGUUACAGUAAUCUUUUUUUAAAGUGUUUGACCCUUCCCUCUCCAGACUCGGAGGAUCUGGAUCCAGAUCUGUCCAGGUUGGCGUCUCUGGGUUUCUCCGGCUGUCUCUCGGUGGUCCGCUUUAACUCCAUCAGCCCUCUGAAAGCUGCUCUGCUGCACCCGGACAGCAGCCCCGUCACCAUCUCCGGACCUUUACUGCAGUCCAGCUGUGGCUCCUCGGCUGCAGCCAAUCCCUACGCAGCAGAGAACACACACCACCUGUCAGACCAGUCUGGGUCAGUGGGUUCAGGUCAACCUUUAGUCAAUGCCAUGCGGACUGACUCUGCUCUGAUUGGAGGGGUCAUAGCGGUGGUGAUCUUCGUGGUUGUGACCGUCCUGGCGAUAACGGCCAGAUUCCUCUACCGGAGAAAAGAGACGUACCGGAACCAGGAAGUGAAGGGAGUCAAACAGGAAGACAGCCAGGACUUCCAUUUCAACAACCAGACGGACCCCCAGAACGUCUCCUCUGAAAACCCAAAGGAGUAUUUCAUCUGAGCGACGGCCUGAUGACCCGGGACUCUGCUCUGCACUCAGAGACGCUCAGAGACUCCACUGGAAGGCAGAAAAAAGGAACAAUUCCCACAGAUGUUUCUCUCUCUGUACAUAUUGUAGAGACUGAUACACACAGGCAACAGUGCUGGACUUAAUAUGUGUUUAUACUCUUGUAAAUAUUCAAAAAUCUAAAUGUGAAAGUGAUGGCCAAUUAAUGUCCUUUCGAAAAGGUUGCACAUGAUCGAAUAUAUAUAUAAUUUACAGUAUUUAAACCCAACUUUAUUUCCGUGAAUCAGGGCGUCGUGGCUGAUGCACGUUUCUAUUAGGAUAAGAAAUGGAUGUUAGCUUGAUUGGAAAGGUUUGACUCGUAAUGAGGAAGUUAAGGAGAUUGCUUCUGUGGUUUUAAUGUCUUGUUGUGGUGCAUCGGGAGCGAAAUGGCAUGCCUGCAGCAGCCUGCAAACACCCACCAAACACCGGGACGUUUUUUGAUGAUUUUCUAACCCCAUUCAGCGCCUGAAUUAAAAAAAGAUUUUCCUCCAGCAACAUCUUGCUAUCACAGAUUUUGGUGUUAACAAGUGGCGCCUUCAAAGUCAAAAUGGCACUCUGCAGUCUGGCAGCUACUUGUCGAGAGAUUUGAAGACUUUUUAAGCAGGAGGAAUUAUUUUCCACUUUAUGUUUUCACUCGUUCUCUUAAACUCAUUUUCUUUCCCUUUUAACAACAUUUCCCAUUGAAGAAACAGCAUGGAAGAGAGGUACAUCCAUAAUGAAUUGUAGUUGUACAGGUUGUUUUAAAGUGUUCUCUUCCUUGCUGUGUUCCGCCUGCUGGGAGCGUCCUCUCCCCGCUCUCUAGAUGCCUCUGAAGCUUUUAACGCUGACAGACUCUAUAGCUCUGUGGUGCUCCGUCACCUCUUUCCCUGCACACAGAGACAGCUAAUGUGUUUCUGAGAUGCUAAUCUGCUGCGCUCUGACAGCUGGAUUGUGACUAGAUAAUCCAAUAGAAAGUGUCAGGCUGAACACGAUGAAAACAGCCUGAUAUUUACACUUCAAAAUGGAGCAAACCCCCCCAUGUGUUAAUUCAACUCGUGUGUAAAGAGAGACACUGAUAGAGGGAGGACGCGGAGCAGCUGCUCAUCAAACUCACACCUCUCUCUGAGACCCCAAAGCACAGAUGGGAUUUUAACGACAGAAGUUGCCCAAACUUCAAAGUGCAUUAUUCAUCUCUUUGUGUUUCUCUUUUGUUCCACCUCACAACAGCUGAGGCCACACAUUGUUGUCUUGAUCCCAGAGGUGAGGAAGCAGCGAUGUCCUUCCUCCUGCAGCAGCACACUGCACUGCAGCAAUUUAGAGAGGAGAGGAAGUCCACAGGUAACCUUGACACUCAGAUAAUCCUGCACACUGAGCACCUGGAGCGCACUGCAACAGAAACACAGCACAGAUAAAGAGUUUAUUAAGAUCCAAGGUGGAAAAUGUAGACUUUUAAGACAGAAUUAACUGAGAACAACUUUAGAGUGAUGUGUGCAAACAUGAAAAUAAACAUGUUAUGUAUAGUCACAGUGAACUAUCAAAAAAACGAACAAUGUUAAGCACCAAAAUACAUUACAUUCACAGUCAGAUUUAUACAUUAAAACCUCCUUAUUAGCUCAUGCAUCUUAGCAUUUUAAAUACCUCCAUUUUAAAAGAGAAAGACAUAAGUUAUGCAACAAUUCCUCCAGAUUUUUUUAUUAAAUAUGUUUGCUUUGGAGGCUUGGUGACAUUAGGACUAAUCACUAAUCACAUACUGUAAUUGAUAAGCUAAACGCUAACUCUCCAUUUCUAUACUCUCCGUCAUUUCAUCCCCUUUUCAUUUUGUUCUCCUGAUCGUACAACAUUUAAUAAUAAUAUAUAGUUGACAUGGGAAACUGUCAUCUAAAAAGCUGUUUUUGUAAACGAACUCUCAUAAGUCUGUAAACCAUUUCUCGUUGGAGCAGUUUCAGCAAAGGUUAAAUCAAACUGGAGGGAAACAGAGAUAAGAAAGGACAGCUUUUUAGAUUUCAGAUUCCCCAACUCUCCCUCCGAGCUGCUACUGGUCAGCAAAGCAAACAUUUCAAAAUCCAUCAAAGUUAACUCGUUUUUAUCCAAAGGGACUUACAUACUCAAUA